UUUAUGUUCCGUUCGGUGCACCAUAGUAAAGCCUCUGUCCCAGUCGAAUCAAGAGUGAGUCCCUCUCCAUCCGGGUCUUUCUCUCACCAUUCUCUCGACGACGCCAUAACGUGGCUCACAGAAACGAACAAGCAAUUAUGUCCGAUGUUCAGGAAGCAUGCCCACCGGAGGAACCUCGAGAUCUGUCGAUGCGGCGACCUUUCGAUCCUGUCGCUCACGAUUUGGAUCCGAAAUUCCGACUCACCAAAUAUGCUGACCUGAAGGGAUGAGGGUGUAAGGUCCCCCAGGAAGCUCUGCUCAAGCUUCUUGAGGGACUACAACAGGACAGUAGUGCCCAGGAGUCAGAACACUUCCAGUACAUUGCCAGUGUUCCUCGAAUAGGAAUUGGCAUGGACUCAAGUGUGACACCCCUGCGGCACGGUGGGCUCUCAUUGGUACAAACAACGGACUUUUUCUAUCCCCUUGUAGAUGACCCUUACAUGAUGGGUAAAAUUGCUUGUGCCAAUGUGUUAAGUGACUUGUAUGCAAUGGGCGUCACCGAAUGUGACAAUAUGCUCAUGUUGCUUGGUGUCAGUAAUAAAAUGACAGAAAAAGAAAGAGAUGUGGUCGUUCCAAUUAUGAUGCGUGGUUUCAAGGACUUGGCUGAAGAUGCUGGCACCCAGGUAUCAGGUGGUCAAACAGUUAUUAAUCCCUGGCUGACCAUUGGUGGAGUAGCAACUACAGUAUGUCAACCAAAUGAAUUUAUAAUGCCAGACAAUGCUGUAGUGGGUGACGUUCUUGUUUUGACCAAGCCCCUGGGUACUCAGGUUGCUGUGAAUGCCCAUCAAUGGUUAGAUGAACCUGAACGAAUGUCUCGGCUCAAAAUGGUUGUCAGUGAAGAUGAUAUUCGUAAAGCUUAUCACAGAGCAAUGUGCAGCAUGUCGAGACUAAAUCGCACUGCUGCUAGACUGAUGCACAAAUACAAUGCACAUGGUGCCACUGAUGUCACAGGCUUUGGCCUAAUCGGUCAUGCAAAGAACUUGUCAAAAAUUCAGAAAAACGAAGUCAGUUUUGUCAUUCACAAUCUGCCAAUAAUUGCCAAAAUGGCUGCUGUCAGUAAAGCCAGUGGAAAUAUGUUUGGAUUGUUUCAAGGACAGUCCGCAGAAACAUCUGGUAGGUUUACAACCAAACAUUUGGUGUCUUUAUUUCUUUUACAUUAGCUGAUUCUGUGUGCC